AUUUAUUAGCGUGGAUAGAGAAAACGGGUGAAGAACUUUUUAUUGGGGAACAAGCCGGACCACCUUCCAAGAGGAAGGGUGACAUGGAUUAUAAUAAUCGAAUUGUUUUUGGAGUAUUAGGCUAUCUUUUUGAGAUUAAAAUGCUAAUAAUGUGGAGAGAUGGUGUAUACAUCUAUGACGAAUACGGGAGCUUAAGUAUUGCUUCUAGACUGAAUCAGAUUUCAGAUAUGAAGGCGGGUAUAAUAAGAUUAUUAGAAUUUAUGAUGAUUAUUAAAACCGAAGUGAAAAAUAAUGUGACAGCGGAAUAUGAUAAUGAUUCUAUUCAAAUUUUGAAAAGAAAGUUUGAUGAGAUUAUCCAAACAAAACAGUCACCUAAUAAA